AUGUCAAGUACAAGUCAACAAAAGGAUAGUAGUGGUAAUGAUGAUGAAUGGAGUUCAGAACAUGAAUUUGAAUUAAGAAAUAAAUUUGUAAAUGUUGAAUCAGAUGUCUUGCAACUUAAUACAAAUAAUAAAAGUAUUUAUAAUACUUCUAUGAUGUCACGACAAUUUCCUCCUCCUAGGACUUCUUCAUCUAAAACAAAUAAAUUUAAAAAGAUGGUUGGAUUCGAAGAUUCAUCUAUUACUACUACUUUUUUAGAAAAUGGUUGUGUUAGAGUAAUAUUUCACGUUCAUUUCCCAUCAGGAAUUGAAGAAGUCUCUCGUAAUAAAUUUGUCGAUAAAGCAACACCCUGUGUAAUUGGUAAUAUUAGUGAACUUGGUAAUUGGGAAAAUGCCAUAGUUCCACUGAAGCAGCCUUACUCUAAAUCAUUCGGAUUUUAUGGGAAGAGCAGCACUUAUUGGGUAUCUGAACCUGUGAUGAUUCCAAUAGAAAAGUUUAAUUCUCAAGAGAUUAAAUAUAGAUAUGCUAUGCAAGUUAUUGAGAAAAUAGAUAAGAAAGGGAUUAAAGCUGAGGAAAAGAGGAUUAAGGAUGCUGAAAAAAAAGCCGAAAAGGAAAGAAAAGAUGCUGAAAAGAAAGCUGAAAAGGAAAGAAAAGAUGCCGAAAAGAAAGCUGAAAGAGAAAGAAAAGAUGCUGAAAAGAAAGCUGAAAGAGAAAGAAAAGAUGCUGAAAAGAAAGCUGAAAAAGAAAGAAAAGAUACUGAUAAGAAUAAGAAAUCUGGCGGUGAAAAUGAUAUAACAAAAAUUGAAAGACUAAACAAAAAAUUAAUGGAAGAGCCUAAAAUAAAUUGGUUUCAAGAGAUCAUCUAUGAUACUCAAGACUAUCGUAUAUUGAAUAUAAAAGGUUUACCGAACCAGUUUGAUAUGGUGAACCAGAUAAAUAUAUAUAAUCGUCGUUAUAAUAAACCUACUCAUGUUCACGACUAUGAAUUUUUUAAAAUAAUCUGGAAAUCAUUUUCACCUGAAAACGCUAAAAAAAAGCUUAUAGAAUAUCUAGAUAUUUUGGAAAAAUUCACAGAAGAUACUUUAUUAGCGAGCGACGUAAACUUUAUUGGGGAUGCUUUUCAAAAAACAAAAGACAAAGACAAACAUCUAUUUUUAACUAUUAUUUUAGGAUAUUACAUUAUGACACGUUCAAAUUCACUCGGUAAUUACAAUAUCCUCAACAAAAAAUUUCCUUCACAGAAUUUAUUUGAGUGUAUUGAAAAAUUUCAACCUCAAGAUUGGUUAUCUAAUACUCAAGAAAUGCUUUUAACAGCCCUUCGAGCUUCAAUUGUACAUAAUGUACGUUAUGGUCAUUAUUAUUGGGUGAAACCGAUGUUUACUUUGGCUGAUUUAUUAGAUCCGGAUUAUAGUUUCUUGGAAUGCAUUUCUAAUCAGAGAUUUGAUGAAAAAUAUUCGGAAUCUCUGGUUUAUGUUCAUUUUCCAAAAUAUGUUAUUCCUAAUAUUAAUAAACUUGAAUCGGAUGAAAAAUACUCUAGGAUCGCAAAGUGGAUGAUAAUGAUAUGUUGUAAUAUUGACCAACUAUUAAAAGUAUGGAGUUCAUCAAUAGAACACACAAUAUCUAGAGAUAUAUUGUUAAGAGAUACAUUCCUUGAACAAGUGCAAUUUCAUAUUUCAAACGUUUCAGCAGAAUUACUAAGAAAUCAUUUCGAUGCAAUCUCUGAUGAUUUCAAAGCAGAAGUUGCAGAACCAUUUCGAAGAGCAACAUUUAAUUUAUUAGAGAAUACUUCUGUUCAUAAAUGGACAAUCUACAACGCGGAUGCUAUAUCUGAUAUAUUAAUAAAUGACCGACUUGAAUGGA